CUUGGAAAGCUGGUUGAGGAACUCUGGGAGUUGAAGUCCACAAACCUUAAACUUACUAAGGUUGGAGACCCCUGGUUUGGAGUACUCGCAUCUUCUCUCAAUCUGGUCCUGACGGAAAAGGGCUUCCCAUUAUUUGUCCGCGGGCCCGCACCACCGGAGCACAAAGUUUGAGGCAGCCCGGAGCUCUAAUAUUAGGCAAGCGCCACAAAAGGCCAUUUUGGGAUGGCCGCGGGAUAAGAAAGAUCAGCUCUUAAGCAUGUGUGAGGCCUGCGCUGUUUCGAAACUCACGCAGCUUCCAAGCUAUUGGCUGAAAGCCAGCGUCAUUCUUCUCCCCCCACCCCGGGAAGCCUUUUCCAGGCUUGAGUGGCUCGCUUUCGUUUUCCUGAUAUCCAUCUGGGUGAAGUUUUCUCCGACGUCCCUCAAGUAGCCCCGCCCUCUCCUUUCCCUGAGUUUGGCGGCCGCUCUGGUUGUGGGACGCUCCGCCGAAUUUGAGGCUCUCGGGCAGCUAUGUCGUCCGACGCCGUUUGCCUCGACCUGCAGCCCCGCUCCUACGACGAUAAAGAGGAAGUGGGCUCCGCCGGCCUCAAACCUAUAUCGAGGAGUGUCGCUGGGGAGCAGCCCAGUGACUAUCUCCUCUGGUCGUUGUUCAACCUUUUAUUCUUAAGCGGCUACUGCUUCUGCUGUCUCAGCUUCAGCGCCCUCGUCUUCUCCAUCAAGGCAAGGGAUCGUAAAGUUAUUGGAGAUCCUGAAAGCGCAGCUACCUAUGGGAAGAAAGCCAGAUACCUGAACAUUGCUGCCUGCCUUAUAGGCAUUGGAAUCACUGUUACUUGUUUCCUUGCAAUAAUUUUAAGUGCAGGAAAUAUUCUUAAAUUGUUCAGAGAAAUGAGGGAGAACCCCCAAUUAUUACAGCCAGGUCAAUGAAGAACAACUAAUUCACCCAGGAUAUCAUUACCAAACAUGCUGCCUACUGGCUGCAUCGCUUUUCUGUCUCAUGUAUAUUUUUCCUUGUCAAAAGGAGGAUUCUGUGCAGUUUAAGACAACUUGCCAUACUGACAGUGGGAGAGAUUUAGAUUGUCCCUAAAAUAGAGUUUUUCAACUGAAUUUUGCAGAACUCCAGACUUCCAUGACAACUUGACAGAGUUCAGAGCAAGCAAACAAAAUUCAAUUCGGUACAGCCAGUGGUUUUCAAAGCAAUUUUUCUAAGGAAAAGUACUCACAUCCCAAUAACUGAACAUUGAUUUCGAUGGUUAAAAUGUUAAAUUCCCAAGUAAUUGUAUAAGUUUUUAUGCACUAGAAAUGUUAAUUUUGCAUUUAUAAUACUUUACUUUUUAUACUUAGGAUAAAUGGAGGAAUCAUGGGACACUAGUUGAGGUAUCAGUUAUUUUGAAAUUCAAAUAUAUCAAUAAAUCACAAAAAGCACAAAAUUAUUCUUACAGUUUUCUGUCAUUACAGUACUUUGCCUCUUGAUCAGGUUUUAGGAAUUUCUUUAACUGGAGUGGUGGCAAAAUAGAGUCUUUUGUGAGUUUAUAAUGCGCUCCAUCUUAUAUUCUAUACAGUUAUUUGAAUUUAUUUCUGAAUUUAUUUCUGUCUUCUUUCUCUGAUAUGAGACCAGCCACAAUGGACUUAAUGGUGGUAAUCCCCUUUUAUACAUUCUUUAUUGCAUGUAUCUUCCCUGAAUUGUGAAUAGCUUUGAUUUAGCAACUUCAAGUGUUCAUAACUGAUUUCCUCAGUUUGAAAUGAGAUGAGAACCAAACUUAGAACUGGCAUGAUUGGGUCCAGGCUACUUGAGGGACUGUCUCAUCCCACUGGCAUUGGCCCACCGCACCCUUGCAGAGGAAGCAUGCUAUGGAUCCUAUUGGCCAGGUUAUUCCGGCUGGUGGGUUCUAGGAAAGGGCCUUCUCUGAUGUUGCACUUGCCCUCUGGAACAUCUUGCCCCUCCCUGAAUGAGGUUGGUUCCAACCCUCGUGAGCUUCCAAAAGAGCCUAAAGACUGGUUCUGCCCAUUGGCUUGGGGCUCCAAUAGAGGGGUUUCAUAUGAGGAUGGCUGAUAGAUUAUCAACAGAUCCCUCCUCUUCCCCCUCAUUCUAUUCCUUCCCCAUCUUUUAAUUGGAUUUUAUUUGGAUCUUGACAGUAUUUAUUUAUGUCUUUUAGGUUUUGUAUAGUUUUUAUCUUUUUAAGAUUAUAAGCCAUCCAGAGUUACCCUGUAGUAAGAUAGGAGUCCAAUAAGUUUUACAAAUAAAUAAAUACAAUGGAUUAAAACAAAUGGGAAUUAAAUGGCACCUGUUGUGUUUAUUUAACAAGUUCCUAUAGCUUGUCCUAUAGCCUAUCUACCAACAGAACCCUAGGAAAUGAACAAGAAUUUUUUUUUUUAAAAAACCCAUGUUUACAAAUUAAUGCCCCAGACAAAAACUCAGCAUUAAUCUCUCAGUUAAUCCCUGCCUUUCCUCCCCACCCCAACCCGUUAAAAUUUUGUCACCAGUGCCUGUGGUAAUCUGGAAGGUCAAUAGGGUAAGGCUGUCCACAUUUAAAUGGGGAGGCUGUUCCACGAGACUGGUACCAUGCUUGAGAAUGCACUUUUCCUAGGGCCAACAAGGUGACCUAUGAGACCCAGAGCAUGUCCACUCUGCCUGAUUUGGUGGAAUGAGCAGAAACUAUUAGGAAGAGGCACAGCAGUCCUGCAAGUAUUGAUUCCAUGCCAAGCACAACAAAGAAUGUUCUUUCUGUGCCAACUCAGGAAGCUCAAAUUGCCCAAGAAGCUGCUGAAACAGUUCUACAGAGGAAUUAUUGAGUCUGUUAUCUGCACUUCUAUAACUGUCUGGUUUGAUUCUGUAACCCAACAAGACAGCACAAACUUCAGAGAAUAAUAAGAACUGCAGAAAAAACAAUUACUACCAGCCUGCCCUCCAUCAAGGACCUGUAUACUGCACGAGUCAAAAAGAGGGCUGUGAAAAUAUCUACAGAUCCCUCGCAUCCUUCAAAACGAUGUUAUAGAGCACCACACCAGAUCAACUAGAUACAAGAACAGUUUUUCCCCCGAACAUCAUCACUCUGCUAAACAAAUAAUUCCCUCAACACUGUCAAACUAUUCACUAAGUCUGGAUUACUAUUAAUCUCAUCGUCCCAUCGCCCAUCUCCUUCCACUAAUGAUUGUAUGACUGUAACUUUCUUGCUUGUAUCCUUACGGUUUAUAUUGAUUGUUUCCUAGUAUCAUUUGACUGCUUAUUUGUACCCUAUGACUAUCAUUAAGUGUUGUACCUUAUGAUUCUUGACAAAUGUAUCUUUUCUUUUUAUGUACACUGACAGCAUAUGCACCAAAGACAAAUUCCUUGUGUCCAAUCACACUUGGCCAAUAAAGAAUUCUAUAUCAUC